AUGAAAUCCACAAAUAAUGUCUUAGCAACUAAUGAAAAGUCAUACAACAAUGUAGACUUUGUUAAGAAUAAAAUAAAAACAUACAAUUUGAAUAAUGAAAACAAGAAGAAUAAAAAUUAUUUUCCGAUAGUUAAAUAUAAAAAUACUUCUGAAAAAACAAAAAAUGUAGACAAUUGUAUGACAACAAAAAAUUUGAAUAAUUUAAAAAAUAAAAAUGAUAUUAUAAGAACUGGAAAAUAUGUGAAUGAAAAAAUUAAGGUGAAUGAAAAUUUAAAACAUUUAAAAACUAGAAUACCUUUGUUAAAAACUAAUAUUCUCCGAACAAAUGAAACAAAUAAAUCAAUUAAUACAUUUAAAUACAAAUCAAAUAUUGAAAAAAACGAAAACGGUGAAAGAGGGGAUAUAAUAAAAGAUUUAAAUAUAUAUAAUGAUAAAAAUAAAUAUAUGGAAAAAAAUAACUCACCAAAAAAUGAGAUUGAGAAAAAUAAAAUUGAAAAAUUAACUAAUAUUAAUAAUAUUACUAAUGAUAUAAAUAAUAAUAUCAUUUUAGAAGAAUUAUCAAAUAGAAAUAAAGAAAAAACUAUUUAUAUAAAUAAUGGUCCAAUGAACAAAGACACGAAAUGUAUUUCACAAAUAAAAAGAACUUCAAUUAAUAUUAAUAACAAAAAUUAUACAUGUAAUAUUUCCAAACCACUCAUAAGACGAAGUAUUACUUUUAUGAACACGGGCAAAAAUAUACACCUGAAUAAAAGCACAUCGUCAAUAAAUAAUAAUGAAAAUGUCUUAAACAACAAAAAAAUGAAUGACAGAAUGUAUAUUCAAAAUAAGGCAUAUAUCCCACAAAAUUCUCUCAUCAAAAAUAAAAUAGAGAGUAGUAAUAAAAUAAAUAAUAUUAAUACUAUGAAUACAAUGAGUAAUAUUAACAACAACAAUAAUAAUAAUAAUAAUAAUAAUAAUAAUAAUAGAAAUUCCAUUAUGUUAGUGAAAGAUAUACAUAACAAUAACAUAAAAAGUUUGACAAAAAAUAAAUAUAAUAAAAUAAUAACACCUAUAUCUCCUGUAGGUAUAAACAAAAAACAAACCUACAAAGUUUCUAAUAUAAUAGAAAAUACAAUAUCUCCUAUACUUAUUCCAAAUUAUAAAAAAAUAAAAAUAUUAAAACCAACAAAAAUAAUCAAUCCUUUGUCUAACGAUACAUUUCAUAAUAAUUUAAAAAAAACACUAAUCAAUACUAUAAUGAAUCCUCCUGCCCCCAAAAAAAUAAUAAAAAAAGACAUAAAUGACAUAUAUAUAAACAAAAAAAAAAUAAAUAAUAUAGAUUUUAAAAAAAUAAAUGUUCCAAUAAAUAAAAGAAUUACUACUAUUAUAAAUAAGAACGAACAUGAUAACAUUAUUAUAUCUAAACAGUUAACUCAUAAAAAAAAUUUUAUCCAAAUAAAUAAACAGCCAUUAUUAAGGAGACACUCCACAGCUAUUUUAAAUCAUAACAUUUCUAAUUUAAAAAAAAGAUUAAGUAAUGUCAAAGAUAAAAAUGAUAAAAUAUAUUUAAACAAGGGAAAUAUAACAUAUAAAGAGAAUAGUACACAUAAUAAUCAUGAUAAAGAAAAAAUUAUAAAAUGUCUUCCUAUAAAUAACAUACAGAAUGAACAAGAAAUACAUAUAAUCCCUUCAAAUGUUUUAAUUAAUCAAAAUGUAUGGACUCCAAAAAUUAUGAUAAUAAAAAAGGAUAACAAUGAAAAAAAUGGAAAUGUGGAAAACGAAAUUGACAAGGAUAAUAAUAAAAAAAAUGACAAUAAUAAUAAUAAUAAUAAAAAUGACAAUAAUAAUAAUAAUAAAAAAAAUGACAAUAAUGAUAAUAAUAAAAAAAAUGACAAUAAUGAUAAUAAUAAAAAAAAUGACAAUAAUGAUAAUAAUAAAAAAAAUGACAAUAAUGAUAAUAAUAAAAAAAAUGACAAUAAUGAUAAUAAUAAAAAAAAUGACAAUAAUGAUAAUAAUAAUAAUAAUAAUCAAUCUUGUGUAGAAAAAAGUAGCAAAAUCAAUGCUCUCUUUAAUAUACCCAAAAGAUUAAGUAGUUUGAUUUAUCCUAAAAUAAAAAAAAACUUCAUAGCAAAGAUUAAUAGAAAUUUGAACCAGACUGAUAAAAAAAAUGAUGAUAAAAAUAUUGAUGAAAAAGUAAGUGAAUCACUUGAAAAGAAAAUAAAUGAACCAAAAAAUGAAAUAUUAGUUGAAACAAAAAAUCAAAUAUUGAAGGAUCUACAAAAUAAUGAGGGGGAAUUAAAUUAUAGGACGAAUGAAUUAACAAAUGAUAACAUACCCUCAGAAUAUCUUGAAAAUAUAAAUAAGGAAAAAUACAUCUUAAAAGAAGAUAUAGAAUGUGAUAAUAAAUAUAUUGCUCAUACAAAUAUUAUGGAAAAAAAGGAUAAUAAACUAAAUCAUAUAAGUGAUAAAAAUAUUACAUAUAAUGACAAAAUAAAAGAUACCAAUGAAACUAUCGUAAGUGUAAAAUUAAAGGAAAUAACAUCCAAUGAUUUAUUAUGUGAAUAUCGUGAAGAAGUUCUAAAAAAGUUUAAUAAUGAAUAUAUAAAUGAAGAAAAAAAUGAAAUUAUUAAUGAAAUACAUUCUAAACGAUUAUCUUACGAUAAUAAUAAAACCUACCCUUCAAGUUGGUAUUAUUAUAACAACCAAAAAGAAUCAGAAAUGAUACAUAAAAUGAAUAAAAAUAUUUGCAGUUAUGAAGAAAUUUCAACUUAUGAAAAAACAAAAUAUAUAUAUCCUAAUGAAACACAGGAAAGUAUAAAUUGUGAUAUAACAAAUAUAUCGAAAGAUAAUUAUCAACCCUAUCACAAUGAUAAAGGGUAUAAAACGAAUAAUUUAAAUAUUAAUCAGAAAGGUAAUCAUAAUGAUAAAAUAUCACAUAAUGAUAAAAUAUCACAUAAUGAGCAAAUACCACAUAAGGAAAUAUCACAUAAGGAAAUAUCACAUAAGGAAAUAUCACAUAAUGAGGAAAUAUCACCUAUUGAUAAAAUAUCACAUAAUGAUAAAAUAUCACAUAAUGAUAAAAUAUCACAUAAUGAGGAAAUACCGCAUAAGGAAAUAUCACAUAAUGAGGAAAUAUACCACAAUGAGGAAAUAUCACAUAAUGAUAAAAUAUCACAUAAUGAUAAAAUAUCACAUAAUGAUAAAAUAUCAUAUAAUGAUAAAAUAUCACAUAAUGAUAAAAUAUCACAUAAUAAUAAAAUAUCACCUAUUGAUAAAAUAUCACCUAUUGAUAAAAUAUACCACAAUGAUGAAAUAUCUUAUUAUGAUGGUGUUAAUAUGAACACAUGCCAACAAAAUAACAAUAUCCAAUUGACAGAAAAACAAAAAGAACAAAUUGAAAACUAUGAUCAAACGAUUAAAGAUAUAAUUGAUAAAAAUGAUGAUGAAAUAAAAAACUUAUUUGUCAAUAAUAAUAAUGAUGGGAUAAUUAUUUUUGAUAAUAAAAAUAUACAAGAUAUAUCAGAGGAUUUUAUAAAAAAUGAAAAAAUUAAUAAAAUUUAUUCAUCUAAUAAUUGUAUUAACAUGCAUGAGGAAGAAGAAAAAAAUGGAGAAACUAUUACAAAAAUUCUGAAUGAAAAAUUAAAUAAUAUAAAAACAAAUCAAAUAAUUGAACAUAAAGAUAAAAACAAAAUAGAAGAUAACACAAAAGGAGUUUUGCAAAAAAAAACACAUGAUGCAUUACAAGGAAAACAUACCUUUUAUAAUAUAAAUAAUGAAAUAAAUAAAAAAAAUCCAUUGGAAGAUGAUCCAUUAAAUCAAAAAAGAGAUAUUAUAUUUUUUUGUGAUCUUAAUAAGAAUUACAAUAAAGACACUAUUCACAAAUCAGAUGAAAAUACACACACUAAUAUGAAACAUCAAAUAAUUGAGGAUACAAGGGAAGUGAAAAAGGUCGAAGUAGACGAAACUUUAACUUAUCAUAAAAUAAUAAAUGACAAAAAUGAAAACUAUUAUGAACAAAACAUAACGGAUAAAAUAGAAAUAUACAAUAAACAAAAAGGAGAUGAUAAAAUUAAGAAAAAAAAUAAUGAUGAACAAAAAAUGCUGCAAAAUAUAGAAGAACAUAAGAAAGAACAAUUAACAAAGAGAACAAAGGGUGCAGAAAAAAAAUACGCCUGUAUACAUUUUACAGAGUUAAAUAAAAAUAUAUGUAAAAUAUUAAAUUCGAAGAAUUACAAAGCAGCAGAAUGGAGCAAAAAUAAAAAAAAUAAAGGUGAAAUGAUAAAAGAAAAUCAAAAGAAUCAACCACAUUCAUAUCGACAUUUACAUAUACGUACACAUAAAAAUACACAUAAAUAUACACAUAAAUAUACACAUAAAUAUACACAUAAACAUACACAUACACAUAAACAUUCAUACCUACGUUCAUAUCCACAUCCACUUGAUAUAUAUUACAAAAUGCAUAUAAAAAAAAGAAGAAAAAGUAACAAACGUGAAGAUUAUUCAGGUAUGGAACAAAAUAAGAUUCUUUUAAGAAAUGGAAAGCAGAAAAAAACAAAAAAUAAUUGCAUUAUUUACGAACCAUAUGAAAAUAAGAAUGAGAAACAUUUAUCUCUUAUUUUUAAAAAAAAUAUAAAUAUAAUAAAUAAUAAUAAUAUGAUAAAAAAAAUAUUGCAGAGAAAAAAGAUAGCAAAUAAUAAUAAACUGUAUAAUUAUUAUUCACAAUUUUUUCAAAGUUAUAAUCUCAGUAUAACUAGGUUUAGGAGAAAAAAUCAAAAAAAUUAUGAGCAAGAAAAAAAAAAGAAAAAAAAAAAUUUACAUGUAAUAUUAUUCCCUUCACAUAAAAACAAAACAAAUGAUCUUAAGUUAAAUAAUAUAAUAGAAUUAAACAAGGAACAAAAUAUUCAAACGAAAAAGGGGAACAUUCCUCAUUUUAAGAAUAUACAAGAUAAUAAUUUUGAUAAAAAAACAAGAAAACAAAAAAAAAAAAAAAAAAAAAUUACAUUUAUACAUGAUAAAUUAGAGCGAAAAGGAUGUAUUAUCCAACCAGAAGAUAAAAUGAAUAAAGAUUUAAAUAAUAAUAAUUGUGAUGAAAGUGAAGAAAAAGAAAAUAAUCAUAUGAAGAUGGGGAAAAAUACAGAUAUGAUAAAAGAAUAUUAUUCACUGAGUAACGAAGAAAUAUUACUUGAUAAUGUGUCAAGUGAGAAUAUUAAUAAAUUGAAAGAGAAAAAUGGAUAUAUCAUAGAAAUGGAAAAUCAGAUGAAAAAAAAAGAAGAAAAAAAAAUCAACAUUGUAAAUAAUGAAAAAUUCCAGAUGGAUGAUGAUAAUGAAAAAAAUAAUAGUAAUAAUAAUAAUAAUAAUAAUAAUAUAGGAAAUGAUAUAAAGAUAUAUGUUGAAAAAUAUUUAGAAGAAAAUAAAAACCUUUUUUUUUAUGAACAUGAAUGGAUAAAUAUUAUAUUACAAAUAAUAAAUAAGGAUAAUUUUUAUUUGGCAGAAGAAUUAAUGAUUUUAAUAUUUCAAAAAGAAGAAAAAUUGUACAAAAAUUUUAUAGAAGAAAGAAAUAAAAAUAUAAAAGGAAAUAAUGGAUAUAUAUAUAAUAAAACAUGUGAUAAUAUAAAUAUGUGUACAUAUGAUAAUAUAAAUAUGUGUACAUAUGAUAAUAUAAAUAUGUGUGCUUAUGAUAAUAUAUAUAUGUGUACAUAUAACAAUAAUAAUAAUAAUAAUAAUUAUAAUAAUCAUAAUAGUAUUAAUAAUAUAGAAAAUAUAAACCAUCAAAAUGAUAAUAAUAAAAUUUCAUCAAGUGAUAAUAAAACGGAGGAACCUAUAAAACUAUCCAAUUUUAUGCAACAAAUAUUUAAUUACUGUCCUAUUGAAUGGCCCUUAUUAGAUAUUAGUAUCUUAAUAAUAGUAUGUCAAGUAGUUUGUUAUAUUUUUAAUUUGAAUAAAUAUCAUAUGUUUACCGACUGUUGUAUAUUGUUUGAAAAAUAUUGUAUUGGUAUAUUAUUAAACUCUUCUCUUAUUAGUUCAAAUAAAAAUAGAAAUACUAUCCUUAUGUUUGAACAUGAUUUUUUUUAUAAAUUUAUUGUCCCACAUAAUUAUAAAAAACCAACCAUUGAUGUAAUAAAAUAUCACAAGAAUUAUUUAAAGAAUGAUAAUUUUAUAGAAGAAAAAACUAUACUAGAUGUCAUUUUUCUUGCUCUAGCAUAUUAUAUAACCGUUAGUCACAAUCUAAAUGAAUAUAUACAAAGAAAUAAUAUCAUAUCAUAUAUAAAUUUAUUGAAUAAAAAUGUUCCCAAUGAUAUUAGAUCACAAGGAAUAGAAGAAAAUUUGACUACACCACAAAAAAAAAAAAGAAAACAUAUAAGUAAUAUUUUGAAUAUACAUAAAAAUAUAGGUACACAAAAAAGUUCAACAAUAAAUAAUAAAAGAAAAAGUCAUAAUAAUAAUAAUAAUAAUAUUAAUAAUAAUAACAAUAAUAAUAACAAUAACAAUAACAAUAAUAACAAUAACAAUAAUAGUAAUAAUUUUUAUCAUGAUAUGCAUAUAUUUACACAUAAUAAUAAUUUUUCUCCUUAUUCCAACCAAAAUAUUAAUAUAUAUAUAAAUGCUCCUGAUAAAAGAUAUAAAACAUAUAGACAUUCCUCAUAUGGUAGAUACGUGCACAAUUUGAAAAAAAAAAAUUAUAAUUAUUCCAUUAUGAAACAUAGAUACUCAGAAUUUUUGCCAAUAUCAAAAAAGCAAUCCUUUUUACAUCCAAAAUUAAAAAGAACCAAGACCUAUGAAAAAAAUUUAAAAAAAAGACUCAGCAUAUUAAGGACGACAAAAUGUAUUAAAAAAAUAAAUAGUAAAGAUUAUCCAAAUAAAUAUAUUAUCAAAAAGAAUAAUGAAAUUCAGGAGGAAACAAAAUGGAUGGACGGCAAAAAUUAUUAUGAUAAAGAAAAUAACGAUAAUAUAUACGAUAAUGAACAAAAGGAAAAUAUACAUUUGAAUGAUACAACUCCAUUAAUGAUUAGCCAAAAUAAUAUUACAAAUUUAGUGUUAUCAAAAAAUAGCAAAAUGGAUAUAAUUAUAAAAUAUCAAACAAAAACCAAUUUUGAAAAAUUAUUGUGUCUUAUAAUAAUAGAAAUUUUUAAUUUAAUUUAUGAUAAUAGACAAUAUUCAGUUGAAAAUAUUCUGAUAAUUAGAAAAUUCUUCCGGGUAUUUCUUAAUUUUGCUCAGAAGAAAUUUCUAUCUUUAUCGUUAAAGAGACAUUUGAACAGGAACAUGUGUGAUGUGAAAGAAAAAGGUAAUAUUUGUAGUUAUGGUGAUAAUAUGAGUAUACAUAAAGGUAAUAUUUGUAGUUAUGGUGAUAAUAUGAGUAUACAUAAAAAUAAUAUUUGCAGCAAUGAAGAUAACAUGAGUGUGCAUAAAAAUAAUAUCUGCAACCAUGAUGAUAACAUGAGUGUGCAUAAAAAUAAUAUCUGCAAUCAUGAUGAUAACAUGAGUGUGCAUAAAAAUAAUAUCUGCAACCAUGAUGAUAAUAUAGGUAACAUAUAUAAUAUGAAUAAUUUAAAAUGUGUAGACACAAACAUAUCAUCGUAUGAGAGAAGAGAAAGCAAAGAAUUGAUAGAGUCACCAAAUAAUAUCUAUGAAAAUUAUUACAAUAUAUGGAUAUGGGUUGAACGUAUAUUUUCAGAAAAUUUUUAUGAAAUAAACAGUAUGUUAUAUAAUUUGAAUAGUUGUAAUAAGAAUAGUAAUAAUUCAAGAAAUGAAUAUAUGAAUAUUAAUUAUGAAAAAAUAGAGUUAAUCAGUCAAAAUAUUAAACGUUUUUCAAAUGUCCAAAAGAGAAAUUGUUUUGUCUUAAAAUAUUAUUGGAGCAUUUUUGGAAUUAAAGAUGGAUAUACUGAAAAGAAUAUAAGAAGGGAAAAUUAUAUGGAUAAUAAAAUUGAUUUUACAGAUAAUAAAUAUAUUAAUGAUAUAUAUUCAUAUAUAAAUCAAUGGGAUGAUAAAAAGAAUUCAUCAGAUAUUAAUUCUUUAUUAUCAUAUUGUUAUUUUCCAAAAUAUUUUUCUGUUAAACAUGAAAAUAAUUUGAAAAAUAAAAUAUUUCUGAAAUUAGAAAAAAAAGAUUUUUUAUAUGAUACUCUAACAUUAUAUUAUUUAUCUUCCAUAGAAUGUAUAUGUAAAGUAUUUGUUGCAAUUGAAGAUAUUCCAUCAUUUUUACAUUUACAAGAUGAACCUAAUAUUGUAAAUAAUUUGUUCUUAAAAGAAAAUUAUAAUAUUAAUGAAUCACCAUAUUUAAAUAGAUCAUAUGAAAAUAAUUUAGAAAGCAUGAAUAGUUUGCUUUUAGAUAAUGAGCAUAAUGAUGAUUUAAAUGAAGAAAAGGAUUGUACUUAUUGGAUAAAAAUAUUAAAAAAGAAAUUGAAAAUAUAUGAUAUACAAUGGCAUGAAGAAUAUGAAAAGAAAUAUUUAAAUUUGGUUAUUUAUAUGAAAUUAAUGAAACAAAAAUUUAAAGAAAAUCAUAUUUUUAAUAAAAUUAUGAAAUAUAAUAUUUCAUCUAUAUGGUUAAAUAAAAGUCAAAUAUAUUUACAAUAUAUUCAAAUAAUAAUUAAUUGUAAGUUUUAUUUGCAUUGUUCCUAUAAUACUAUUUAUUUGUUUAUCAAAAAAAAUUAUAUAUUUGUUAUACAAAUGAUACAACAUUAUGUCAAUGAAAAAAUAAUAGCUCUUCAUGCAAAUAAAAAAAAAAAAAAUAAUAAUAAUAAUAAUAAUAAUAAUAAUAAUAAUAAUAAAAAGGAUAAUAUUAAUAAUAAUAAUAAUUAUUAUUAUUAUUAUAACGACUUACUUAUGUCAUCACAUAAUAACCAUAUUCAUAAUGACAAUGCUGAUAUGCCUACACAAGUUGACGACAAUUUUAUAUUUAUGGCAUGGGAAAUUGCAAACUUCUAUUUCUCUAUCCUUUACUAUAAAUUAGACUUAAAAACCAUUUUGACUGAAUUGUUCAAAUGGAUAAAAUUAUUUGAAAAUUAUCCCAACAAACGUUUUUUUCGUAUAUUAAAGUUCAGAUGCAUAUCAUAUGUUAUACAUAUAUUAAUAUUUAUGAAUAAAUAUAAAUAUGCAGAAAGGAUAGUUAAAAAUGUCUUUCUCUUUAAUAUAAGGAAAAAGAGGAAACUUUAUCAAAAUGGUAUAAAUUAUGAAAAUUGCAAAAAUUAUGAAAAUGAUAAUAAUGAUGAAAAUGGUAUAAAUGAUGAAAAUGGUAUAAAUUAUGAAAAUGGUAUAAAUUAUGAAAAUGGUAUAAAUGAUAAAAAUGAUGAAAAUGGUAUAAAUGGUAUAAAUGAUGAAAAUGCAUUUUAUAUAUACAAUAUAGAGAACAUUAAUAAUAGUUGUAAUGUAACAAGACAUAAAGAUAUAUCACAGGGAUGUAAAAUGAAAAAGGACCAAAACAUAAAUGGUUAUAAUAUUAAUAUGACCAAUCAAGAAAUUCAGCCCAUCCAAAAUGUAAUGUCCCUCAACAAAUAUGAAGAAAGUAUCAACAAUAAUAAUAAUAAUAAUGAUAUGAUGAAGUGCUAUACAAACAUACAAAAAUUUAACAGUAGACAUUAUUUUAAAAGGAGAAGAAACAAAAAUACAAACUGUCAUAUUAUGAACAAAUGUUAUUUAUACCAUAGGUGGAUUAACUUCUUGAUGAAAAAAUAUAACAAAAUCAUAAUUUAUUUAUUAAAAAAGAAAAAUAUCGUAAAACUUAUAUUAUUUAACAAUAGAAAUGUACAUGUUCUUAUGAGAAAAAAAAAAGAAAGAAUUCUUAUAAAGGAAGUUAGUUUCAAAAUGAAUUCUUUACAAAAACUUUUAUUAUUACUUUAUAAAUUAUCUAUAAAGUUAUAUAAAUCAUAUUAUUAUCAUGCAUCUAUCUUGCAUUAUUAUACAUCACAACAAAUAUUUGAAGUUUCCAAAUAUUUAAAUAUUAAAAUUAAAAAAAAUCAUAAAAAAAAAAUUAAAAAAAAAAAAAUAAUAAAUAAUAAUAAUAAUAAUAAUAUAAAUAACAAUAUAUAUAAUCAUUGUAAUAUGGUUACACCACAAUUUAAUUAUAACCACCAAAUGAACAAUACACAAUUUUUUCUAAUGGAUAAUUUAUUUUCUCAUUCACUCAAUUCACCUAAUAAUAUAAUUAAUAAUAAUUAUUAUUCCAAUCAACCCCUUAAUAAAUCACAAGAUAAUGAUCCGAAUUUUUUCUCUCCAUUUAAAUUACAACAAUCUCCUAAAGUGUCUAUAAAUAAAACAGAUAAAUCUUAUAGAUCUCAUACCAAAAAUAAUGACGACAUGUUUUAUUUACAUGCUCUUAUCCUUAGUAUACAAAUUCAAUAUACUUUAUCCAUUUGUAUUAUUAUUUGCUCCGAUUUAUUUAAUUUUCCAAAUAAAAUAAAGAAACUCCAAAAGUUCAAAAUUAAAAAUAAACAACAUAUAUUAAAGGAUAAAUACAAUAAUAUGACUUUUAUGUCUUGCUUCUUUAAUCAUAAAAUUUUGUCAAAACAUUGCCGAAUAUUAAAUGGUCACAAAUUUCAUCAAUUUGUUAAAAGAAAAAAGAAAAUCAAAAAUAAAGAUAUACAUACAAAAAAAAAUUAUUUGAACAAAAAUAUAAAAAAUAAAGAACUAGAUCAUUAUAAUAGUAGUAUGAAUAAUACACCUGUAAAUUAUAAACAACAUGAUACAUUUCAAUUUACAAAUUUAUACAAUAGGAAAUAUAAAAAAAGAAAAAUUAUGAAUAACAUUAAUUAUAUAUCAUCACAAAAAAAAAUUAAAGAACAUAAUUAUAACAAUAUAUUAUUACAUAUUAAGGAUAAUAAAUUAAAAAAAAUUUAUAAUAAAUGCUUACAUAAAAACAAACAAAGAGAUUAUAAUUCCGACAGUAUUCUUAUGUACCAUUAUUCUUCUGAUGAAUGUGAUAAACAUAUUUUAAGUGAUUCAUAUAAAGAUAAAUACAAAACAUAUACAAAAUUACUCUCUAAAAAAAAAAAAAAAAAUAUAUUACAAGUUAAAAAAAAUAAGAAGAAAAAUAAUUAUCAUAUUAUAAUAAAAAUAUCUACGUGGUUGAGUAAAAAUUCUGCUUCCCAAUUGAUAUGGAUAGCUCAAAAGCUAUUUAAGAUGUAUGUCCCGGAAUUGUUAUGCGUAGUCUUGGCUCUUCAAACAAAUAUGUUUAUGAAUAAAAAUAUAUUACCAAAUAUUAAAAGAAUCGACAAGAUACUAAGCUUAUGUUCCGAUAAUCCUCAACUGGUUUAUUUCUCUUUGGAAUCCUUAAACGGUUAUAGGAACAAACAGAACUUGAGGAAAUACAAACAUUAUUUUGAAUUAUAUAAAAAGUAUAAGAAAAUAUUUUUGGAUAAGAAGAAAGACAUUAAUAAUUCGAUGGAAAUGCUGCAUGAAUUAUGUCAAAAUUUUUUUGUUUUAAAAAAAAAAAAAAAAAAAAAAAAAACGAAAAAAAAUAUAUAA